GCUACCUACCUUCACAGAGAAAACAGAGGAAGAAGAUCCCACACCGAUUAUUAAGAAAAAAAAGAAAAAUAUAUGUAUCUCCUGAUCAUCGUCCGGUCUUCAUGAAUGAUAUGCUGAAGGUGGAGGGAGAUCCGGUUGGCGGCGGUUGGGCCCCGCGGGCUUGCGAGUCGUGUCGGUCGGCGCCGUGCGCAGUGUACUGCCAGGCCGAUGCGGCGGCGCUGUGCGCCGCCUGCGACGCCGACAUCCACUCCGCCAACCUGCUCGCCCGCCGCCACCACCGCGUCCCCGUCCUCCCUGUCUCGGCCGCCGGCUUCGUCGUCCGGCCCAGCCUCAACCACUGCAACCACGUUGUCGGGCCGGAUGGGGCCGACAAGGCGGAGACCGAGCUCCUUGGGGAAGAGGAGGAGGCGAAGGAGGAGGAGGAGGACGACGACGUAGUGUCAUGGAUGCUUCAUGAUCCCUUGAUCAACAGCAAUCAGAGUGGUAAUGGUCUGUUCGGCGAGGAGGUUGAUGGAUUUUUGGACCUCAAUGAGCACAAUUCGGGUGCUGAGAGGAAAAGCGUGAGCCAGAAGCAGCAGCAGCAGCAGCAGUUGGAUUACAACAAUGGGAAGAGUGAGGAGAGUGAGUAUUUGGUGCCAAAUGGACAGCAGCAGCAGCAGCAACAACAUAGCUUUCCGAUGUUGGAGUGUGAAGGCUCCUCUAAAGCUGGGUUCAAUAACUUCGGAUACUCUGCUUCACUUAGUCACAGCCUUUCCUUGUCAUCAAUGGAAGCAAGCAUCGUACCAGACACGACUGUGGCAGAUAUCUCGAACUCUCACCUUCGACCUGCCAAAGGGACCAUAGACCUCUUCUCAGGCCCUGCUCCCCAGUUUACUCCCAUGGAUAGAGAAGCCAAGGUUCUUAGAUACAGGGAGAAGAGGAAGACAAGGAAAUUCGAGAAGACAAUUAGAUAUGCAUCAAGAAAGGCAUAUGCUGAAACCCGGCCUCGAAUUAAAGGCCGUUUUGUUAAGAGAUCAGAUGUAGAGCUUGAAGUGGAUCAGCUGUUUUCUACCACCAUGAUGACGGAUUCUAGCAACAGCAUUGUCCCUUCAUUCUAGUUCUUCUGCAAAACUUAUUGUCAUAUGAGAGAAUGCAUGAGUUGCUCCACUGCUUUUUAUAUAUAUAUAUAUAUAUAUAUAAUUUUUAGUUAAAUAUAUAAAAAUCUGGUGAAACUUUGCUGGAAGCCUCUUGAUUAAUAUAAAGACAUGGGAACUGCAAAGAAUUCCUAGUGGCUUUAUGACCA